AUGGGAGAAGAAGCCACGACAAUCACCAUUGAUCAUCAUCAUCCACUUUACUUGCAAUCCUCAGAUGUACCAGGAAGUACAGUUUCAAGUGAGUUGAUACCAAGUAUCAUCUAUACUAAAAAUGCUAAGAAGGUAUGGGAUGAGUUUAAGGAGAGAUUUGACAGAUCUAAUCUUAUUAGGAUCUAUCAUAUAUGGAAUGAUAUAGUGAAUUUGAAGCAAGGAAAUGACACAGGAACUGCCUACUAUUCUAAGAUGAAGAAACUCUGGGAUGAAUUGGAUGUGAUUGUGCCUUUGCCCUUAUGCUGUGAUGAAUCCAAGCAUUAUACAGAUCACCUUAAAGCUCAAAGGCUAAUACAGUUUCUGAUGGGAUUCAAUGAAAGUUAUAGCAACAUAAGGAGAAACUUGUUAGCAAAAGGAAAUUAUGUCACAGUAAAUGAAGCUUAUGCAGUAGCAACACAAGAAGAAAGUCAAAAAGCUUUAGGAGUGGUGGAUACUGGUCAUGGAGAGGCUUUAACUAUGCUAGCAGGAAGGAAUCAAGGAAAUAGGUACAGAAGAGAAUCAACACAAUCAAGAAAUUUUGGUCCACCUUGUGGAGAUUGUGAUUACAAAGGACACAUAACCAAAGAUUGUUAUAGAUUGGUUGGAUAUCCUGCAAACUUCAAAAGCAAAAAUAAACAAGGACAAUCUGGUGACUUCAAGACCUAUGCAAACUCAACCACCACUGAUGGACAUGCAGGAGAGCCUAGCAGCUCACAACAUCAAACUGGUGGUUUGUUCACUCCACAACAGUAUCAGGAGAUGCUGAACAAGUUGGAUGAAUCAGGAACUGAGAAGUGUGUGUCCAACAUGGCAGUAGCAUAUGAAUGGAUAGUGGAUUCAGGAGCAUCACAUCACAUAACACCUUCUAAAGAACUAUUGCAUGCACUUAGAAACCUGUCUGACCAGAAAGGUAAUCAAGUACAAAUACCUACAGAAGGGAAAUCUCACAUAGAAAGUGCAGGAAAUGCUAUGAUCUUAGAAGGACAAAAGAUUCAAAAUGUGUUACAUGGAAUCUUCAAUGGCAAGGUUAUGGGGAUUGGUAGAGAAAGAGAUGGUCUGUACAUAUUGCAGGAGUCAAGACAUAUAAGUGCACAUGCAGCUGAUAGUGCAGUCAUUCCCAAUAAAGAAGGAGUCCUAUGGCAUAUGAGGUUGGGACAUCCUUCAGGAGGUGAAAUGAAGCAUAUUCCAUCAUUGAAGUCUAAAGUAGAGUCUGAUAUUCAGGAUUGGUGUGAACAAAAUGAAACAGUAGAAAGGAAACAUAGGCGUAUCUUAGAAGUUGCUAGAGCCUUAAGAUUCCAAAGUGGAGUUCCAAUAAUUUUUUGGGGUGACUGUGUGAGGACUGUUGUAUAUCUAAGCAACAAACUUCCUAUAUUGGUCCUAGAUGGGAAGAGUCCAUAUGAGAAGUUGUUUGGAAAGGAACCAAGCAUUGAACAUUUAAGAAUAUUUGGAUGCCUGUGUUAUCCAAGCCAGCUGCCAAAAGGAGACAAGUUUGAUCCAAGGGCUAGUAAGUCUGUCCUAGUUGGUUAUUCUGAGACUCAGAAGGGAUAUAGGCUAUUUGAUCUCAGCACUAAGGCAAUCUUCAUCAGUAGAGAUGUGACUUUUAAGGAAUACUUUUUCCCUUUUAAGAAAGACUUUAUCCCCAGCAUAGAUGACAUGUUCUUGCUCCAGCAUGAAAAAGUUGCUGAAGUAAGGGAGCCUAGCUCUGAUGGUGAUACUGAUAAUACUUCUCCAAUUUUUCAUGAAGAGGUGGUACAAGCACCAUCCACAUAUCAGGAUGAUAUUGUGCCAGCUCUUGAUACUAACAAUAUUGAAAAUGAUGAUUCAUUUGAGGCAGGAGAAAUGAUGAAUGAAGAACAGUCUCAUACAACACAAAAAGAGGUAGAGGAAGAAGAAUCAAUAGCAUCCAUACUGCAGCAACAUGAAGAAGUUGAUGCACAAAUGCCAAUAUUGGAAGAAGAACAUGGCAGACCUGCCAGAACUGUCAAACCACCCAUCUGGCAUAGAGACUAUGUGGUAACAUCUCAACAUAACAGUCAUUGUGCAUAUCCUAUUUCUGACCAUAUAUCAUACUCACAUCUAUCAAUAGCCUACCAGACAUAUUUGAAGUGUUUUUCUAGCACUGUUAAGCCCAGAAACUUUCAUGAAGCCUCAAAGGAAAAGGUGUGGAUAGAGGCAAUGCAGAAAGAGAUUGAAGCACUGGAGGAUAACAACACUUAG